GAGAGAAGUGAAGAAAAAGCAGAGAAUAAAAAGAGACCGGAUGUUGACAAAUUUCAUGUCACUGUUGUUCUUAGAAGGUCGUUUGUUUGUGUGAAGAUUUCUUAUCUGGGAUCUCUCUCUCUUCUCUCUUCUCUCAAAAUCCCCCUUUUUUUUUUCUCCCAAAAAAACAAAACCUUCAUUUCAUUCUCUUCUGCUUCUACUCCGUAUCAGAGAGAGAAAGAGAGAGUUACCCACUCUGACUUAUUAGAUCGAAAUCGAACGAUCUAACUUCCUUCAAUGUAAUUGCUGCUUUCAGCUAACCCUUUUUUUUUGUAUUUUUGGUAUAGUUCGAGUCAAAAGGCCUCUCAAUUUUUAAUUGAUUUUUUUUUUCUUAGAUUCUUGAGUGUUGAAUGGUAGAAUCCAUGGCGGAUUCUUAAGUGCCGGUCAUAUGAGGAUGUGGCUCUGAGGGAUGGGAACCAAAGUUCAGAAUCUCCCAGGAUACUACUCAAUGAGAGAUCUUAAUGAGGAAUCCAGCAGUUGUGGCUGGCCGCUAUUUUAUGGGGAUAAUAAAGCACUGGUAAAUGGGCAGUACUAUCAUGAUUAUAUGCCAAGUGCUACUACAGAUGCAUGUUCAGCUUAUGAAAAGGAUGCUGUGAAGCAGACAAUGCUUGAGCAUGAGGCCGUAUUUAAGAAUCAGGUCUUUGAACUUCACCGUUUAUACAGAAUACAAAAGGAUUUGAUGGAUGAAGUUAAAAUGAAAGCAUUACACAGGAACCAGAUACCUGUUGAGACAUCAUUUUCCGCAGGCAUUGAGGGUACUUGUUCCCCUUCAAGUUCGAAUAAAGGAGCAAAUAAGCAAGCUAGUCUGUUUCCGUCCCCAAAUGGGAGUAGUUCAAAAGAUGUUGAGGUGCUGGAGUCCAGACCCUCAAAGGCGAGGAGAAAAAUGUUUGACCUUCAUCUCCCUGCUGAUGAGUAUAUUGAUACUGAGGAAAAUGAUAAGCUGAACGAUGAGAAGAUAAGUGGUACGGCAAUAUUUCUUCCUGAAAGAGAUUCCAAACAUGGAAAGGGAGCCGAUGUAAAACCUUUUUUUGGCAAUGGUGGGAACACUGGUAGCCAAGAAGACACUUCAAGAUCUGAGCAGUUUUUAAGGAGCAGAAGUGGUUUGGCUGACUUAAAUGAGCCUGUUCAAGUGGAAGAAACAAAUGAGACUUCAUGUGUUCCAUUUUCAAACCAUAAUCAAUAUCAAGAGGCACCUGAGUGUUCUGAUCUAUCUGCCAAACAGAAGUCAAGGUUUUUUUGUUUGUCCAGGGAAGAAUUGCUAAACUCACAUCAUGGAACUGACAGCUGGGCUCGAAAUAAUGGAUAUUCAGAGAGCAAUGAGAAUGGAAAAGGAUGGAUUUCUUCAGUACUGGAGGCAGGGCAUGCUAAAGGAGAUUCAAAAUACAUCCCCCAAGUCCACAAACAAGAGCAUUCCCCUUUAUCUUCCCAAACAAUGAAAGAUGCACUCAGAAAAACUCAUGAGCCUACAUAUGGCUUUCAAAUUAAUCAAAGCAAGGCUGAGUUUUGGAGGGUAAAAAGUGAUUUAGAUACCAGUGAAAGACAUUUUGCAUACUCCACUAAUAAACAUCCAGAGCCUGUUGGAUCAUCACAUAGACCUGGUUUCUUUGCAAUCACCCCUUCCUCUGAUUUAUCCAGGUCUUGGUCUCAUUCACCUUCUUUGGAAAUGGCAAGUGGUAACCUAGGCCAGAAGUUGGUGUCUAUUCAGACUGCGCCAUCUCAAUCCGGUGCCUUGAAUAGGAGUUCCCAGCCACAACAAAGCAAUGGGAUUUUGGGAAAUAGGUGGCAUACAAAUAUUAAUUCAAAGCUUAAUCCAGGUUUUCAAUAUGAUGUACCUGUUCAGAAUGGGUUUUACCCUGGGUCUGCAUCUGGGUCCAAGGAACUUUCAGUGAACAUCUCUUCAAUCAGCUAUGACUAUCUCAACCAUAGUAAUGACUGCAAGAGAAUUCCUGAACACUUCAACAAUGGUUCAGCAAAAUACUUUAAGAGUUCAAAUUCAAAGUGCAAUGACAUGACAUCUGGAAAAGAUAUUAACUUGAAUGUAAUGCUUUCAAACAGCUCAUCCAACAGCUUGGUUAGCCAGUCAGGUCUUGGAAUCAGGAACAGUGAACAGAAACGUGAGGAGCAGCUUGCAGUGUUGCCUUGGCUUAGAGCCAUGUCAACAUGUAAGAAUGAGGUGCAAAAUGCUGAUAGAAGCUUAACUGCUGGAGAAUCAAGUUUUUCCUAUAUUGCUUCUUUAUCUAACAAAGAUGAAAUUAGUAAGGGAUCUGGUGGAGAAUUUUUGCGCAAUAUAGCAUCAGGUUUGCGUACUAAUGAUAUUGAGCGAAAGGGGACAGAAAUAUGUGAGGGCUCUACUGUUAAGAAAAUUCUUGGUGUUCCCAUAUUUGAUACGCCUCAAGUUUCUCCUAAGGAGCCAAAUUCACUGACUUCUCCCUCCUUAUCAGUUCCUAAGCCAUCUGGACUGCAAUUACUGAAAAAUAAUGGGAAAAACUGGCUACUUGAUAUUAACUUGCCUUGCGACGAUGAUGUUAUUGAGUUGGACGAUGAAGCUGUCACUGAAACUUUUGUUAGUAAGAAAGGAUCUCCUGCAACAGGAGGCAGCUCUAGAAAUCAGAUUGAUCUUAACUUGAGUAUGAGUGAGGAUGAAGAAUUUGUGACACCUCCAACCACCAAUGUAAAUACAAAGGCAGAAAUAGAUCUUGAGGUCCCUGCUCUUCCUGACACAGAGGAGGAUGCCACUCCUGAAGAAAGGCAGAUUGAAAUUCCUGAAGUAUUAAUACCAGGCCCACCAAACAUGGACGAACAGCAGCAGGAUGAAGUUAUAAAGUGUGCAGCAGAGGCUAUCGUUGUCAUGUCAACUCUUUGCUGCAGUCAGGUGGAUGAUGUGAUCAGUAUUCCAUCAGGAAGUCCAAUGGAGGACCCACUAAGUUGGUUUGUGGAUUUCGUGUCGUCAUGUGUAGAUGAUCUGGAGAGAAAGCUUGACAAUUCAAGGGAACAUGAUGGUGAGGAUAAUGAAGAAUCUUCCUCAGGGGAAAUCGAUUACUUUGAGUCCAUGACAUUGAAACUUGCAGAGACUAAAGAAGAGGACUACAUGCCCACGCCUCUUGUUCCAGAAGACUUUAAAGUGGAAGAAUCUGGAACAACAUCAUUACCUAGUCGCACACGAAAGGGGUCGGCAAGGAGAGGAAGGCAGCGGAGGGACUUCCAAAGGGACAUCCUUCCAGGCCUCACAACUUUGUCGAGGCAUGAAGUAACCGAAGAUCUUCAGAUAUUUGGAGGGCUUAUGAGAGCAACGGGUCAUUCAUGGCAAUCAGGGUUAACCAGGAGAAGCUCUUCUAGGAAUGGAGGUGGCAGGGGAAGGCGGCGGGUACAGGUUGGGGCAAGACAACUAGAAGGCCGCGAAGACAGCGUUGCCCGGCGGGUAAUCCUCCAACGAUCCGGUUAA